AGCCAAUGUUGCCACUCUACUGAUGAGCGGUGCAGAGAACGCGAGCAGGCCUGACAACGAAACCACAGAAAGUUCUGUGGUGCAGAUCGAGAGGGAUCCCACUUCUUCUGGGGGACUUCCUACUCAGCCUGCUGUACCAGAGAAAACUUUUUGGACACCUCAAAAGAUUUUAUUUUCAAUAGCUGUUUUCGUUCUGUCGGGAUUUGCUGAAAUUGGAGGUGGCUGGCUAGUCUUUCAAGCAAUACGAACGGGCAAGCCCUUCUGGUGGGGUAUCCUUGGAUCCCUCAUCCUCAUCAUCUAUGGCAUCAUACCCACGCUACAGCCUAUCAGCAACUUUGGGCGUGUCUUUGCGGUGUAUGGAGGGUUUUUCAUUGUCAUGAGCUAUGGCUGGGGCUGGCUCUUGAGCUCAGAACAUCCUGACAAAGGGGACUUUGUAGGGGGCGGCAUAGCAAUAUUUGGAGUCCUGGUAGCUUGGUUCUGGCCGCGCAAGGCACAGAUCCAGGUCACGCCAUCAGCCAACUCAGUGCCCCAGGGUAACCUUGAGUCCCAGCAGCCAUCUGGCAGCCAGCAGUUAGUGAGCUAAGAGGCAGCAUUGUCACUGUAAAGCCCCCUGGGAAGUAUUUCUUCGACUCCGCAAUGCUCGACCUCGGGCCUCCUCUUGACUCCAGAAAGAGCAGCCAGCUAUCUCUGGGGGAACCAG